AUGCUCUCUGAAGCGCAUCCCGUUAUUUCUUUCUCAACUCCGGCAGCCGGCCAAGCUGGUCGGCCGCCGGAUGUCAACACCCUCCCAGACUCUACCACAGACAUCCCAGCCAAGACAAUGGCUCCCGCCGCUCUUACUGUGACGCCUCGGUCGAAUCCAUCCAACUCUCCGCCGCUGAACUACAAAGCAGCGCUGUCAGGACAAGGUCGUGAUUCAAGAACAACUGCUAAUCGAUGGACCUUUGUUGGCGAACAGGAUCUGGUGGCAGGCUCCUUCGCGGGGGAGCCGGAACUGAAAAUCUCAGAUAACUUCAAAGAAAGGCUUUGCGACCCGUGGAAGAAGACUCUUGUCAUCCGUCUGCUUGGUCGAUCAGUAUCCUAUAACUACUUGUGCUCACAGCUCAGAUGGAAAUGGCGUCCGACCGGGUCCAUCGACAUCAUGGAUCUAAACAACGAAACAUUUCUGGUAACUUUCUCUAACGAUCAAGAUUACCUCAAGGCUCUAACGGGUGGACCAUGGGAAAUCCUCGACCAUUACCUUGUGGUCCACCCCUGGUCACCAAAGUUCAGGACUUCCGACAAAAUCCACAAAUCAGUCACUGCUUGGGUUCAAUUGCCUGAACUCCCCGUACAUUUCUACCACCGGGAAGUGUUAUUCGCCCUGGGAAAUCUCAUUGGCAGGACUGUAAAGUUGGACUACCACACAGAAAUGCUUGAAAGAGGAAAGUUUGCUAGGAUCGCUGUAGAACUCGACAUGUCGAAACCGCUCCCGACCCGCAUCCGAUUGGACGGAUUCUGGCAACAAGUUCUGUAUGAGAACAUCCCGCAAAUCUGCUUCGACUGUGGUAGAAUCGGGCACACAGAAGAGACCUGUCCAACGAAAUUGAAGAGCGCAUCUGCAGAAUUAGGCUCGGAGGUGAUACCACACCCAGCUAACGUCGGCGGGAACAUCGAUUCGCCGGCCGAGCCGCCGGCCGGCUAUGGACCUUGGAUGCAGGUGAUGCGCAAAUCUCGCAAACCAAUCAGGAAAGCCAGCGAUAGUCAAGGUCCCCAAAAAGGAAAUCAACAGGAAAAGCUUGCCAAUCAGGGCAAACAGACGGCAAAAAUCUUGGGAUCAUCCAAGGGCGCUAAUCCCGGCAACAUCGGUGCAAACGAUGGGAAAGGAAAAGGGAAUCACAAACCCGACAGUAAGAAAGGUAAAUCAGAUACUCAGAAGGGGAAAGUCUCAACAGAGGAAGGAAAGAAUACUCAGAAGGGGAAAGUUACAGCAGAAGAAGGCAAGACUAUGCAGGCUAAUAGGAAGGCUAAUAACGACCAGCGAGAAUGGAUUCCAGUGGGAGCUGCUAAGGGCUCCGUGAAUGGCCCAAGUCUAGCCAUUAAAACUGGGCCGCUGACUCCAAGCCCACUAACAGCAGGCCACAUCGAGCAGGAUUUGGGAAACAAGUGUGGCAGCCCAAGUGUGGGGAGGGCGAGCCCGACGACCUUACCGAAGGAGAAUCUGGACCCGAACGUGCACUCCCACUCGGUUAGACAGCAUUUUGACAGAAGGAACGCUUCCAACUCACCUGGCUCUGGAAAGAUAGAUCGCCACCUGAAGAUUGCGAAGAAGCAAAUCCACAAUCCCGCCGGGACGAAGCGCGAAAUGCACCAGCUGGUUCAAGCGAACACCUUCCCUAUUACCCAGCGGGAUAUAGAAUCCUUCCUACGCCAGUCCAAACAGAAAGCGGAAGAAUUCGGCAUUUCCUCGACUACCCUGGCUGAUGAUAUCAGAAUGGAGGAUAGCAACUUCUAUGCAGAUUUCACGAUUCCGGAUGCCUCCACCCUCAACAGGCUUGCCUCUGCUCCUUCAGUGGAAGAAAUCAUUAGCAUCAUAAAGAACAUGGGAAGCUUGAAGGCGCCUGUCCUACCCUAUAGUGUUUGCGACAUGAUCGAUAAGAAGAUUAGAGGGUUUGUUUGGGGCAGGGAGAAUGGCAAGGAGAAGGCCCACCUCGUAACGUGGGAGACUGUCUGCAAACCCAAAGAGGAGGGUGGGCUUGGCCUUCGGUCAGCUAGAGCCCUGAAUUUGGCUUACCUAAUGAAGCUGGGCUGGCAAUUCCUUAAUAAUGAAGAGAGCCUUUGGGUCAGGGUGCUCCACGGAAAAUACGUUAAGCAGAAUGAUGAUGGCAGCGUGACUUUCCGCCAGCAGGGAGCCUCUCGACUUUGGAAAGGGAUUAAGGAUGCUCUACCUCUUGUAAAACAGAAUACCAUCUGGGACAUUAGGGACGGUAGAAGCGUCAACUUUUGGAAAGACCACUGGAUCUCUAAUGGCCUAGCUUUGAAGGACCAUGUUGUCUCAAAUGGACACACCGUCGAGUGGGACAACUCUGUAGCAGAGAUGGUGAAUUCAUCAGGUACCGAUACCCCUCUCCAAGAAGCUGGGGAAGACACUACCAUUUGGGGACCGGAAAGUGACGGACGAUUUCGUAUUGGCAGUGCGUAUAGGGCGGCGGUGGAAUGGCUGCAGGAUGCCGAUCAGGAAGAGGCUGCUAGGGACAAUCAUACCAAGUGGAUGCACGGAUGGAAGUGGCCAGGACCCAACCGUAUACGAUACUUCCUCUGGCUUUGCUUCCACGAUCGACUCAUGACUAAUGGCGAGAGGAAGCGGAGGAAACUAUGUGACAGCGACACAUGCGAGAUUUGCAAGUCAGGAGCAGAGACGGCGGAGCACGUUAUUAGAACCUGCCCCCUAGCGACUCAGGUAUGGAAUUCGCUCGGGCUAAUUGAGACUCCCCUUACGCACUGCUUGAAUUUUGCAGGUUGGAUGGCGACAAACUUGAAGAAAGAAGGGACAAACCUGCUAUUUGGUGUGGCGGCCUGGUUCCUAUGGAGAAGAAGGAACGACUGGAUUUUUGAGAAGAGAUUCCAAGAGUCAGAUACUUUGGCUCAUCGGAUACGAGCAUGGGUUGCAGCUAUCAAACAAGCUCAGGACAACAAUCAGAAACUCCGCAAUGACACGGAGGUUGACAAAACAAGACAAGAGCUGGCAUGGCAACCACCCCCUGAAGAUUGGAUCGUCAUCAACUCUGACGGAUCUGUUAAACAACCCAACUCGGCGGCAGCUGCAGGUGGCCUCCUCCGCAAUCAUCUUGGCCGAUGUGUUGGAGCUUUCGUUACCAACUUAGGCAGCUGCUCUAUCACGCGGGCGGAGAUCAUCGGGGCGCUCACUGGACUCCAACUUGCUUGGGAUCUAGGCUACAAGAAGGUACUCCUCCGUCUUGACUCCACAGCAGCACUGGAUAUCUUAACUGGAAAGGAUCAAGACAGCAGGCGUUACCACAAUCUCUACAGGCAUUUUCAGAACCUGCUUCAGCGCAACUGGGAGGAUUUAGGGGAUGGGGAGAAUGAUUUGGGGGCUUGCAAGGAGUGGGGUUGA